AUGACACGGGAAGAGAUGACCGAGACCAUGUUCAAGGUCAGAACAGCAUCUGCUGGAAACGUGGUCCGGACCGGCGUACUAAGCCUCCCCAACCGCAAGCCUAUCAACACACCGCAUUACCUGGCUUUGGCUUCUCGAGGUGCCAUACCACACUUGACUCAGGACAAUGUAGCCAAACACACAGACAUCCGCUGUGCAUACAUGGCAGCAGAAGAUUUCGUAGAAAAAGGCACUCCAAUUCUAAAGUACAACCCACCGGAUGGAACGUCGCGACUGCGCGCAUACACCGCGACUCCGGAUGAUCACGUCCUGAUUCUUGGAGCUCGCCGUUCACCACCUGUGCCGUCGCCAGGAGCAAGCACGGAUAGCCAUUUGAGCAUCAUGACAGCAUUUGGCUUCACUAAACUUCAGGCGUCCACCUUCAGAAGCUUGACCACUUCGCUCGACCCGGAUAUCGUUGUUGGCUUGGGAGACAUUCCAUAUGGCUACUACAAAGUGAGCUACAAGAAAAAAGACAAAAUCACGGAUCGAACUGCGAAAUGGAUGCAAGCACACGUGAACGAGAGAGGCGCGGCCAAGAAAGAGCAAGGAUCAAAAUCGCCGCUGCUGUAUGCACCACUACUGCCCAUCUCUGCAGAUUCGCAAAAGUACUACAUUGACCAUCUGGAGGACAUGAUACAGGAUAUUCAAGGAUUGGCCCUGUACAACACGGUCUCCAUGGAAAAUUUGCCGGAAGAGCUGAAGGUCCUCCCACGCCUUGGUCUGACUGAACCAAACAAUCCGCGCGCUGCCUUGCAGGACAUCUCUCAAGGCAUUGACAUUGCGACCCUGCCUUUCCUCAGCGCCAUAACAGACGCCGGUGUCGCGCUGGACUUCCGCUUUCCUGUCUCUGGACCGAUUCCAGACCAACCCUUGCCUCUGGGUGUAGACAUGUGGGACACAAAGCACGCGAUAGAUGUGUCGCCGCUGCGCAAGGAUUGCCCAUGCUAUGCAUGCACAAAUCACCAUCGCGCCUUCCUGCAGCAUCUUCUGUCGGCCAAGGAAAUGCUUGCAUGGGUACUGCUACAGAUACACAAUCACCAGAUCAUGGACGAAUUCUUUGCCGGUAUUCGUGACAGCAUUGAUCGUGGCACUUUCGAGAAAGACAUUGCAGAUUUCGAGCGGGUAUAUGAGCCUGAGCUGCCAGAGACAAAUGGCCGUGGACCAAGGCUUCGAGGUUAUCAAUUCAAAUCGGAAGGACCCAACGAGCGCAAGAGAAACUCGGCGCCUUUCACAGUCUACAAAGCAAACCCAGAUAAGGUGUUGGAGAAAGGUUCGGCACCUGUUCCUGGACCUGAUGCCAUCGCAGAAGAUCUUGAAAAGAUUGGGUUCGCCGAUAAGAAGGAGUAG